CCUCAACUGAACUUCGCCGACUUUGUUUUGUUUAAAUUUUAAUUUAUUCGCGAUAAUUUAUAAUAAAACUCAAGUGCUACAUACCUGCAAAUUUACAGAAUGUCGUCUCCAUGUGAAGAAAGCGUGCGUCGAAACAGUGAGAGCGAAAGUGGAGAUCCAGAAGCUACGGAACAUGAUCCACACUUCGAACCCAUCGUAUCUUUGCCCCUGGUAGAUAUUCAGACUCACGAAGAAGAUGAAGAGGAGCUGGCAAAGAUACGAGCUCGUCUUUAUCGCUACGACACCGGCGAUCAUGAGUGGAAAGAAAGAGGUACAGGUGACGUUAAACUUCUUCGUCACAAACUGAACAACACUGUGCGGGUUGUAAUGAGGAGAGAUAAGACUCUGAAAGUAUGCGCUAAUCAUUUCAUUACCCCAGAUAUUAGAAUGAAUGUACAUUGUGGAUCCGAUAGAGCAUUCAACUGGUCUGUAUUUGCUGAUUAUGCUGAUGAGACAUGCAAACAAGAAUUGCUGGCUAUUAAGUUUGGAAACCCUCAGAAUGCCGAACUAUGGAAGGCAAAGUUUGCAGAAGCUCAGGAAAUAGUGAGGACAAAAUGUAGUCUUUAUUGUCAGGAUCAGUCAUCUGAUGAUGAAAGCAGUAUAACUAGAAGUGAGGAUACUGACACACCUGAACCAAAGAGUACUGAAAAGUCUUCAAUAAAUGAAAAAUCGGACAAAGAUGAUGAGACAGACUCCGAUGGUGUAGUACUAAAGCUUAAGGAAUUGAAAGUUGAAAACAAAAAAUCAGAUUAGGUUAACUAACUUUAACAAUUUUAACUAUGUUUGUAAUGACAUAAUAAGAGGCCAAUAAGUCUUUUCUCUAUGUAAAUAAAAAAGUUUAAAAUUUGAGGCACUAAAAUGGAUUUUAACAAAAUUUAUUCCUUUUACUGUUCUUAGGAUGAAAUAAUUUUUAAAUUCUACAUUACAAUUUCAAUAAUUGCAUUUACAUGUUGAGUUGAGAAAAUCAAUGCUCAUAAACAUACAACAACUUUUGUGCUUUGAAAGAAAUGUUUUUCUGAACAUCUUGUAGAAUAAAUUAAUACUAUAAUUGAGGGGUGUAAAAUCUAAAACGCUAUUGUCUAAAAAAUAAAAGAUCCGGCUACUUUACAUCUAAUGGUUGGCAGCAAACAUAACAGUCAACAAAAAUCAUAACAUAUUUUUAAUAAUAUAAUUUAGCAAUUUUAAACCCUAAAUUCUAAAUUGGGCUCUGCAAUAUCACAUUAUUUUCUUCCUUAUUUUGGUUAGAUCCUAUGGUUUCGUUUUGUGACGGUACAAAAACUUCAUGUGAAGUGAAACAGAUGAAUUUUGUUAAAACUAAUAAUAUAG